CUUUAUGCAAAUGCGUUGGAGAGAGCUUGUGAAAUGGUGACAAAAGCUCCCCAGAGCUCUUUACAGGCUGAACUUUCACAUGCGUCUCAUGUGAGAAAGGCAGGAAGGCUUUUAGGUGGAGGAAGUGGCCUCUGGCUGUCUUGUGACUGUCACUCACUCAUCACAGAAACCACUGUGCAGACAGGAACUGAGACACAGAAACACGGCACAGGAAAGGCUCUCUGCAUAGAAUUGUACCAUGCCUAACUACAAACUGCUUUAUUUUAAUAUGAGGGGAAGAGCCGAAAUUAUUCGCUACAUAUUUGCUUAUUUGGACAUCAAGUAUGAAGAUCACAGAAUAGAACAAGCUGACUGGCCAAAAAUUAAACCAACUCUUCCAUUUGGCAAAAUCCCUGUUUUGGAGGUAGAAGGACUUAGACUUCACCAGAGCCUUGCAAUAGCAAGAUAUUUGACCAAAAACACAGAUUUGGCUGGGAAGACAGAGUUGGAGCAAUGCCAAGCUGACGCAGUGGUGGACACACUGGAUGACUUCAUGUCACUCUUUCCGUGGGCAGAGAAAAAUCAAGAUCUAAAAGAGCAGAUGUUCAAUGAAUUGCUCACAUGUCAAGCACCUCGCCUUCUGAAAGAUUUGGACACAUACUUAGGAGACAAACAGUGGUUUAUAGGCAAUUAUGUGACCUGGGCAGACUUCUACUGGGACAUCUGCAGCACCACACUUCUGGUCUUAAAGCCAUGCUUGUUGGAUACCUAUCCCAGGCUGGUGUCAUUACGGAACAAAGUCCAAGCUAUCCCUGCCAUUUCUGCCUGGAUACUAAAGAGGCCACAGACAAAACUCUAGAUGAUUCAGGACACAUCAUCAGAUAAGAACUCCGUCAGCUGGUUAGAGGAUCCGCAUACGUCUCAUCAAUGGGACUCUUACUUUGUAGUAUUCUGCUUGCUGUGUAUGACUCUUUUGUUGUAGUUUGUCUUUAUCUGCAAGCAAUUAGUUUCCAAUCUUUUAUUUUUUCAAAACUUUACAAUUUUUUUAAUUGCAGGAGAAUAGUCACAAUAUAUAUAGUUGUGCCUAUCAACAUGUAUGGAAGCUUUAAAUGACGCUAGUUUCCUGGCUAGUGUAUCAGUCACCACAGUAUCUUAACUAUGAGUAAGCAUAGUUAACUAUGGAAUACAGAUUUUGCAGCUAGCUCUUCAGUCAGCAAAUUGCUACACAGAAACUAAUGGUCACUAUAAUGGUCACUAGCCACUACAUGUUAUUCAGGUAUACACCAAAGCUUAUAAGCUACUUCACAAAAAUACAUAUUUGUCUGACAUGUCACAAAAUGGGUCAUAAAGAAGAAACUCAUCAAGAUUAAAGGACAGCCAAGAAAAGUUUUGUUGAAGUUUAAUUGAAAUUCCACAGAAAUGGAGUAACAAAAAGUUGACUGAAUUCAGCACUGUUGCAAUUCAGAAGGUUGU